AUGGGGUUGCUUGGGAGCAAAAACCAGUUGAUGUCCAAUGAGAAACACACUUCUGGAAGCAACCCAAAAAACAGGAGUAAACCUCCUCUUGCCCCACCCAAGGGCAGGCAAUUUGUCAGCAUCCCUCAUCUAAACCAAGCCUCUGUACAAGAUAACUUGGUCGUGAUUGCACUGUACGAUUUUCCUGCCUCAAGUGACCGUGACCUGCAGCUGGUCAAGGGAGAGAAACUCCAAGUCCUUUCCAAAGAGGGGGACUGGUGGCUGGCAAAAUCUCUCAGCAGUGGGAGGAAAGGCUACAUCCCUAGCAACUUCGUCGCAAAAGUAGACACUUUGGAAGAGGAAAAGUGGUAUUUUAAAACUCUGAGCAGAAAAGAUGCUGAACGGCUGCUAUUGUCUUCUGGUAACAAAGUCGGCUCUUUCCUUGUCCGAGAGAGUGAAACCAACAAGGGUGCCUAUUCCUUGUCCGUGAGAGACAGUGACUCUGCUCAUGGGGACAUCAUCAAACACUACAGGAUCCGCUCCCUAGAUGGUGGGGGGUAUUACAUCUCCCCCAGGACAACUUUCUCCACCCUGCCAGAGCUAAUCCAUCAUUACAGCCAAAAAGGGGAUGGCCUGUGCCAGCGGCUCGCAACUCCUUGCAUAUCCCUGGUUCCCCAGAGACCCUGGGCACAGGAUGAAUGGGAGAUCCCACGGGAGUCUCUGAAGCUUGUGAAGAAACUUGGCAGUGGGCAGUUUGGGGAAGUGUGGAUGGGCUAUUACAAGAACAACAUCAAAGUGGCUGUGAAGACCAUGAAGGAGGGCAGCAUGGAUCCUGAUGCCUUCUUGGCAGAGGCAAACUUGAUGAAGAGGCUCCAGCAUAACAAACUGGUCCGGCUAUAUGCAGUAGUCACGAAGCAACCAAUCUACAUUGUGACAGAGUACAUGGCCAACGGGUGUUUGCUGGAUUACUUGAAAACAGAGGAAGGAAGCCAACUGAAUCUCCCCAAACUGAUUGACAUGUCUGCUCAGGUUA